GUAGGUGAGCACACAGGUGACCACCUGACCGAGACUGAAGCGGUUUCUCUACACCGUAGGUUAUUCAGCAGAGCCUGAACAGAAGUUCCCUUGUUGGCGAGAAUACGGACAGGGAGGCGACUUCAUCUAAAGAAAUGUGAUUUGAAAAAAUGCAAAAAUGAUAUAUCUGGAUUUUAUGGCAUGAGAUAGCGCCAGUAGGACGUAAAACGUUGUUUGUUUGCUUGUAAUUAGUCGUUCGCCUCUAUAGUCUUAUUUGGAAAAUAUUUGCAGUCUAACGAAACCGAGCAAAAAUGUCGCCGAAAUUACGGUUUCCUGCCAUUUUCCUGUGCCUAGCAGGUAUCUCGGCUUCUUACGCCCAACAGUGCGGCCGACCACCGUUAAUGGAGAACAGGAUUGUGGGUGGGGUGGACGCCUCACAGGGGGCUUGGCCGUGGCAGGUGGAUAUUCAGACAAGCGUUGGUCAUAUAUGUGGAGGCUCCAUCAUCACGGAGAACUGGGUCCUAUCAGCGGCACACUGUUUCCCCAAUCCAUCUGACCUGAGCCCCUACAUCAUCUACGUUGGCCGCUACCAGCUGAAUGGUUUCAACCGGUACGAAACGUUACACCACGCGAGACAGGUGGUGAUCGCGCCCGGCUACGAGGACCCACACAACGGGAAAGAUCUAGCGCUGGUAGAGCUGUCCAGCCCAAUAACCUGGUCAGAUCAUGCCAGUCCUAUCUGCUUGCCCACCGCUUCAACCCUGUUCCCAAGUAACAUGUUUUGCUAUGUCACUGGCUGGGGGAACAUCCGGGAAGAUGUUCCUCUCCAAGGAAUCGGAACUCUGCAGGAAGUACAGGUGCCAAUCAUCUCCCAGAGUUCAUGUCAGGAUAUGUACCAAACGGACCCAGCGGAGCAGGUGGACAUUCUGUCUGACAUGAUCUGUGCUGGAUACCAAGAGGGCGGCAAGGACUCCUGCCAGGGGGAUUCAGGAGGACCCCUUGUCUGCCAAAUGGUAAACGGCACCUGGGUGCAGGCUGGGGUGGUGAGUUUCGGGCUGGGCUGUGCGAAGCAAAACAAACCAGGCGUGUAUACCAGACUGACCAGCUACUCCAGCUUCAUCCGCAGCACAAUACCAGAGAUCCAACUGUACGGCCGAGCCAAUCAUAACUGUUGUGGGGUGGUUGUCGUGUUGUUCAGCAUUCUAUCCGCUCUACUGACGCUGCUUCAGAGAUGAGACAGUCAUAUCCCGAGUAGUUAAAUUAGCAAAAUAGUCUCGUAUCUCACAUGCACAUUAAGCCAUAUUAAACUUAAAAUAUCUCAUUUUUAGAACGCUGCAUUAUGAGUUUUGAUAUGAAGUAGUUUUGAUACAUUUGUACUUUACGUCAGAUUUCUGAGUUAAAUAAAUCAUGUGUUUUGUAUUUGCAAUAAAUUGUUAAUUUUAUUCUUAUAACCACCUCA